CAAUUUUAUAAUAUUUAAGAUCAAGUCCACUACUCUUGAAGAGAUAAAAUAAGACUCUUUACUCUAUGUAUUUUGUAUCCUAACCAAAUUUCAUCGAUUAAACUAAACACAGAUAUCCUUGAAAAGUUUUGCUCUAAUUAUCAAUAAAAAAUCAACAAUAAUUUAUCUUCUUACUAAUAAUUAAAAUUGGAAUGGAUAUAACUCCUCAAGAACCCACUAUCGAGUUACAAAAUUCUCUGAAUACUGAAACGAAAUUAGAGGAUAAGGUACCCGACAGUUCUGAAAAUUCCGUGGUACAAGGUAAUAAAAAUAAAGGAAAAAAACGUAAAAAGCCGAAAGAUAGCACAGCACCCAGACAACCAUUGACUGGCUAUGUUAGAUUCUUGAACGACCGUCGAGAAGCUGUCAGAACUGAAAAUCCAAACUCGUCUUUUGCUGAAAUCACUAAACUUUUAGCCAGUGAAUGGAGCAAUUUACCUGUAGAAAAAAAGCAACAGUACUUAGACGCUGCUGAACAAGAUAGAGAAAGAUAUACUAAAGAAUAUAAUGCCUAUAAACAAACGGAAGCUUAUAAACUUUUCACAGCACAACAAAAUGAAAAAAAAUUGAAAGAAAACCGAGAUGAACCUAAGGUUCAACCGAAUCCUGUAAUUUUACCCAAAGAAAACAAUGAGUUGGAUUUCAACAAUUUCGAUAUUCCCAUAUUUACUGAAGAGUUUUUGGAUCAUAACAAGACUAGAGAUGCAGAAUUGAGACAAUUGAGGAAGGCAAAUACUGAUCUUGAACAACAAAAUGCUGUCUUACAGAAGCAUAUUGAAAAUAUGAAAUCUGCAAUCACUAAAUUGGAAAAUGAGAUGUCACAACAGGAUAAAAAUAACUGUGCAUUACAGAAACAUUUAGAUCACAUUCGUACAACACUAACUUCAGGAUUUUCUGCAGUUAAAUUACCAGGUAUCAAAGAUAAGCCAACAAUUCAAAGCAUAGAUGCUUACAUGACAAAUUUACAUUCCAUCUUAUUGGAGAAUAAUACCAAUGAUGCAAACCUCUUGCAGACUGUUCGGGAUGUUGUCGCAAGGUUGGAUUUUAACGGAUGACAGGGUGAAAAACCUUCCAAGCGGAGGAGAAAAAUAAAAAGACAGUACUGAAUUAUUAUUAACACUACAGUUUUCUUUCUGAUAAAGUUUUGAGAAUGAUUUGUAAAUAGGAAGUUAUAUAGUUGGUGUACAUGUCAGUAGGUUUUAUAUUAUUAUUUCCAUACUGGUUUUGAAGUUUUUAGAAUUAUUAGUAAUUGAUGAGCUUCUAUUUGAUGUUUCAUAGCUAUGUUCUUAAAAUAAUGCAAUGAGGUUGAGUUGAAGUCACUAGAAUCCUCCUCAGGUUGUUUUUCUUCCAUGUAUUUCAAUAAAGACCAUUUUUCAUAUUAAACAUUA